AUGGGGCCUCUCUUUGAGAGCUCCUUGGCGAAUGAGGUAGAGGUCCACAGCGUCCUGGGAAUUCCUGAGAACGGUGGCAGCGUUCAUCACUCUGCUUUUUUCUUCGAAGGCUGCAUUUUAGCACACAAGAUUAACAGAGGAGACAACCUGUUGUUCGGGCUCCCGGGGAGGUACAGCGGGGUGAACCUCUACAACAGGAAGCGGGUGGUGUCGUACACCGUCACGCUGGGGCUGCAGCGCUACGAUUCCAGGUUCCUCAGCAGCCUCCGCUCUCGCCUCAAGCUGCUGCACCCCAGCCCUAACUGCACGCUGCGAGAGGAGAACAUCGUUCACGUCCACUUCAAGGAAGAGAUUGGCAUUGCUGAGCUGAUACCCCUCGUCACCACCUACAUUAUACUCUUCGCUUACAUCUACUUCUCCACACGGAAGAUCGACAUGGUGAAGUCGAAAUGGGGCCUGGCGCUGGCGGCGGUGGUGACGGUGCUCAGCUCCCUGCUCAUGUCCGUGGGGCUGUGCACCCUGUUUGGUUUGACCCCUACUCUUAACGGAGGAGAGAUAUUUCCAUACUUGGUUGUGGUGAUUGGCCUGGAGAACGUGUUGGUUCUCACCAAGUCGGUCGUCUCCACGCCCGUUGACCUGGAAGUGAAGCUGCGCAUCGCCCAAGGCCUGAGCAACGAGAGCUGGUCCAUCAUGAAGAAUAUGGCAACAGAGCUCGGGAUCAUCCUGAUCGGGUACUUCACCCUGGUCCCCGCCAUCCAG